AUGGCAGGACCAGCCCGAAUGACCAUGCUGCACCAAAUGGCUCAUCCCCACCAGCUGCAGGGCGGACAGAUGGACCACAUGGAGCCAACCCAGAAAGCCAUGCAGGCAGCUGGGGAAGGUCCCCGUGACGCGGGGCUGCGCAUCCUCAUGCCCAGCGACUGCCCCAUCGCCCUCACGUGCACACAGCCCAGCACAGGACCUGCCAGGGCCAGGCCCCUCCUCUGUAGCAUGAGCUUCCAUGACCCCGAGGGCUACAUCGACUCCACGGACUACCCCCCGCUGCCCCGGCACAGCUACCUGGAGUGCACCUACAACGUCACCGUCUACACAGGCUACGGCGUCGAGCUCCAGGUGAAGAGUGUGAGCCUGUCGGACGGGGAGGUGCUCUCUAUCCGCGGGGUGGACGGCGAUGCCCUGGUGGUCCUGGCCAACCAGACCCUGCUGGUGGAGGGCCAGGUGAUCCGCAGCCCCACCAACACCAUCUCCGUCUACUUCCGCACCUUCCAGGAUGAGGUGGUGGGGACCUUCCAGCUGCACUACCAGGUGUUUAUGCUGAGCUGCAACUUUCCCCGGAGACCUGACUUCGGAGACGUCACGGUGAUGGAUCUGCACUCGGGUGGCAUUGCUCAUUUUCACUGUCACCUGGGCUACGAGCUGCAGGGUCCCAGGGUGCUGACGUGCAUCAACGCCUCAAGGCCGCAUUGGAGCAGCCCAGAGCCUAUCUGCUCAGCUCCCUGCGGUGGGACGGUCCACAACGCCACCAUCGGCCGCGUCCUCUCGCCCAGCUACACGGGGAACCAGUCGAGCAGCAUGUACUGCGUGUGGGCGAUCGGGGCCCCCCCGGGCCAGAAGCUGCACCUCCACUUCGAGAAGCUCCUGCUGACGGAGAAGGACAGGAUGGUGGUGUACAGCGGGGACACGAACCAGUCCGCCGUCCUCUACGACUCGCUGCGUGCCGACAGCGUGCCCUUCGAAGGCGUGAUCAGUGACGGCUCCUCCAUCAGGAUCGACUUCCUCGCGGAGGAGCCGGCGGCCGCCACGGCUUUCAACAUACGCUUCGAAGCCUUUGAGCGGGGCCACUGCUACGAGCCCUACAUCCAGAACGGGAACUUCACCACCUCCGACCCCACCUACAACCUGGGCACCACCGUGGAGUUCACGUGCGACCCCGGGCACUCCCUGGAGCAGGGUCCCGCUGUCAUCGAGUGCGUCAACAUGCGGGAUCCCUACUGGAAUGACACGGAGCCGCUGUGCCGAGCCAUGUGCGGGGGGGAGCUGACUGCUGUGGCCGGGGUGAUCCUGUCCCCCAACUGGCCGGAGCCCUACGCGGAGGGCGAGGACUGCAUCUGGAGGGUCCACGUCGGCGAGGAGAAGCGGCUCUUCCUGGACAUCCAGCUCCUGAACCUCACCAACAGUGACAUCCUCACCAUUUAUGAUGGGGACGAGCUCACUGCCCGCAUCCUGGGGCAGUACGUCGGCAGCAGUGGUCCCCAGAAGCUCUACUCCUCCAGCCCUGACCUCACCAUCCAGUUCCACUCGGACCCUGCUGGGCUCAUCUUCGGGAAGGGGCAAGGAUUCAUCAUGAACUACAUAGAGGUGUCCCGCAACGACUCCUGCUCCGACCUACCCGAGAUCCAGAACGGCUGGAAGACCACAUCGCACACAGAGCUGGUGAGAGGGGCCAAGAUCACCUACCAGUGCGACCCGGGCUACGACAUCGUGGGGAGCGACACCCUCACCUGCCAGUGGGACCUCAGCUGGAGCAGCGACCCCCCCUUCUGCGAAAAGAUUAUGUACUGCACGGACCCGGGGGAGGUGGGCAGCUCGCUGCUGACCUGCUACAGCCGCGAGACGGGGACGCCCAUCUGGACCUCGCGGCUCCCGCACUGCGUCUCCGAGGAGUCGCUGGCCUGCGAUAAUCCAGGACUGCCGGAAAACGGCUACCAAAUACUCUACAAGCGCCUCUACUUGCCAGGAGAGUCCCUGACCUUCAUGUGCUAUGAGGGCUUUGAACUCAUGGGGGAGGUUACCAUCAAGUGCAUCCUGGGCCAGCCCUCCCACUGGAGCGGACCCCUGCCCAUCUGCAAAGGUAACAGCGGGGGGCGGCUGGGGGGGCACAGGGACAGCCAACGCCUCUGUUCCCAACCUGGGACAGCCCGGGGACCCUCGUCUGGCCGCAGGCCCCCAGCGGUUCUCUAGCCAGGAGCUGAACUCACCUGAGACCCGGGUGCUUUUCUGGCUUUGUGUCGGUACUACUCCAGCCUCCGCCUGCCCCUCAUGUACUCCCACCCCUACAGCCAGAUCACGGUAGAAACGGAGUUCGACAACCCGAUUUAUGAGACAGGGGAAACAAGAGAAUACGAAGUCUCGAUAUAA